UGAACGUCGUGGAGGCCCUCCAGGAGUUCUGGCAGAUGAAGCAGUCGCGGGGCGCCGACCUGAAGAACGGGGCGCUGGUGGUGUACGAGAUGGUCCCUUCCAACAGCCCCCCGUACGUCUGCUACGUCACCCUGCCGGGGGGCAGCUGCUUCGGCAGUUUCCAGUUCUGUCCCACCAAGGCUGAGGCCCGGAGGAGCGCGGCGAAGAUCGCGCUGAUGAACUCGGUGUUUAACGAGCACCCUUCCCGGAGGAUCACGGAUGAGUUCAUCGAGAAGAGUGUGUCGGAGGCCCUGGCAUCUUUCAACGGUAACCGAGAGGAAGCUGAUAAUCCCAACACCGGCAUCGGCGCCUUCCGCUUCAUGCUGGAAUCCAACAAGGGAAAAUCCAUGCUUGAGUUCCAGGAGCUGAUGACCGUCUUCCAGCUGUUGCACUGGCGUAGUGACUUGUCUUCCCUAAGCUCCCCUCUCCGUUACCACCAGGAGGUCCUGGCUCACUACUCCCACCGCGCUCUGGACGACGACAUCCGCAACCAGAUGGCCAUGGACUGGGUGAACAGGGAGCAGAACAGCCCGGGGGCCCUUUCCAGAGAGCUGGCUUCGACGGAGAGGGAGCUGGACGAGGCUCGCCUGGCUGGGAAGGAGCUGCGUUUCCAUAAGGAGAAGAAAGACAUCCUGAUGCUGGCAGCGGGUCAGCUGGGGAGCAUGCACUCCUCCAACUGCUAG